GAGCCGAGGGAACAACCUGCUUUCUGGGAAUUAAGAAGCAGGAUGGAAAGAAAGCAACAGCAUUUGCUUGAAUAAAAGUCGGAUCCGAAGAAGGCGCCGAGUGAGGAGCGCGCAUUCGGCAUAGCAAGAGAGAGAGAGAGAGAGAGAACGAGCGGCGGGGCUAGAGCGGGGCGCGAUUGUAGUAGGUGGGUGGUCGGGCCGAGUGGCGCCUGCUCAUUCACGGGCCUAUCGAUCUGGCUGACAGGAGCACCGAGAGCACCACCAGCACCCUCGACCCUCUGGCCGACGCCAUCUUGUUCGCCCGUGAAAGCGCUGCCUGUGCUCGCAGGGUGCCUCCCAGCAUGGCGUCCUGAAUCCAGGCGCACACCCUGAGCGUCUACCUGACUGUGCGUGUGGUGAGCAGCCGCCCGACUGAACCCUCUUCUUCGCAACUCGACUCGUCCUAGUUCACAAGGAACCAUGUCGCCUGUAUUACAAAAAAGAGAAACGGCGGGAGGAAGGUCCGAGACCCUGCCUUACGCGCCACCUGAAGCAGCAGAAAAGGUCAUCAACCCUUCAGCAACCGAAGCGACCAAUGUCGCCGACCCAAGUGAAGAGGCGUCAGCAGAGCCAACAAAAGAAGCUGGCGAGGAGCUCAGCGAAAAGGCGAUGGAUAUGGCCGAGCACCUCGCCGAAGAUAUCGGGAUCCCCACGUGGGGUCUCAUCGCAAUUAUCGUAGUUGUAUUGCUGGUAGUAUUAGGCAUAGUAGGAUUCUGCAUUCGACGGUGUUGUAAGAAGAGACGCACCAAAGAUGGCAAAAAGGGCAAAGGCAUGGACCUCAAGAGCGUCCAGCUGCUCGGAGGCUCGUACAAAGAAAAGGUUCAGCCGGACAUGGAGGAAUUGACGGAGAACGCCGAGGAUGGAGCUGACGAGGGCGAGAGCAAGCAGAGCGAGGUCAAGCUGGGAAGGCUCCAGUACAAGCUCGAGUUCGACUUCAAUACCAAUAGUUUAUCUGUGACCGUGAUGCAAGCGGAAGAUCUGCCCGCCCUUGACAUGGGUGGCACUUCUGACCCCUACGUCAAAGUCUACCUCCUGCCGGACAAAAAGAAAAAGUUUGAAACCAAAGUACACAGAAAAACUCUCAGCCCCGUCUUCAACGAAACUUUCACUUUCAAGAAUCUGCCAUAUGCAGAUGCCAUGAACAAAACACUGGUUUUCGCGAUAUUCGACUUUGACCGCUUCUCCAAGCACGACCAGAUCGGUGAGGUUAAAUUACCUUUGUGUCAGGUGGAUCUCGCACAGACGAUCGAGGAGUGGCGCGACCUUGUCAGUGUCGAGGGCGAGGGCGGUCAGGAAAACAAGUUGGGUGACAUUUGCUUCUCUCUGCGCUACGUGCCGACUGCCGGCAAGCUCACCGUGGUCAUUCUCGAGGCAAAGAAUCUUAAAAAGAUGGACGUCGGCGGUCUUUCUGAUCCUUACGUGAAGAUCGCUAUCCUGCAGAAUGGCAAACGACUCAAGAAGAAGAAAACGAGUAUCAAGAAGUGCACAUUAAAUCCGUACUAUAACGAGUCCUUCUCGUUUGAAAUUCCCUUCGAACAAAUACAGAAAGUGAACCUGUCAGUGACGGUGGUGGACUAUGAUCGUAUUGGCACCUCGGAGCCGAUUGGCCGGGUGAUCCUUGGCUACAACGCGUCUGGCACCGAGCUGCGUCACUGGUCAGACAUGCUGGCCUCGCCCCGCCGGCCCAUCGCCCAGUGGCACACCCUUAAAGACCCCGAGGAGUGCAAAGAGAGCGGCUAAGCGGCCCGACGCACCCCCGACCCCCAAUCACCAAAUGAAUUUGAGCAGAACUUUUCUCACGUCCCAAUUUUUUGCAUUAGUUGGAAAGUUCUUUAUAAAUAUAUUAUAUAUUGAGGAUAAAAAAAGAGUAAGAAAAUGUUCGGUCCCUUUCAAAUUCCGUUCGCGUGUCGUUUUGGGUAAUUGAAUCUUUUACGUUACGAUUCUGCUCAAAUUUCUGUAUACACAAAAUACCAAAAAUUUCAGAGAGUUGUGGUUUUCUCAGCAACCCUUUUGUUCCACACGCCAGACGGUCUGAAACUACGUUUAUGUUUACGCGACCAAAAUCAAGCAGUGUUAUAUAUUUGCUUUAAUUUCUCCUCUCAGCAGGAUUUGUAGCCUCCUGGCCUAACUAACUAAUAAUCAUUGCGAGACGCAGCCUUGAAUCAGCAUGAAUUACGAAAGUGCACAACUCUCUGCCAGAUUUAAGGAUACUAGAGUUACAAAUUAACAGACACAAGAAAAAUAUAUAUAUUCCAUGGUUUUUAUCGAUUUAAUUUUUUCACUCACGUAUGUUAUAUUUAUGGGGAAAAAAUUAAUAAAUUCCGCGUUGUUUCCAUAUGUAUCAAUUGCCGCACCUCUCAUCGAUUGGAUGUUAUAUUGGGAAAAAGAAAGAAGCAGAAUAAUUAAUUAUAAAUCGCUGUUGAUGUUGAAAUCUGAUUUUUAUCAAAACGGAAUAAUUAUAAUUAAAAAACUGAAUGGUCGUGCGCGCAUUGACUGCGCGCCUGCCGCACCGGUACGUAGCGGAAGAUUGGAUUACACUUAAAUAUAAAUAGAGCUCAAUUGUCACCUGAUCUCCUGAGUUUGAUUGAUAAAUAUAUGAGCAAAAGAGGAUAUGAACAAGAAAAUUAAUAAUAAUUAUAAUAAUAUGAGAAGAAAAAAACAGAUGCCAUAGGUGCUUACACGUUGAAAGACAUUCGAUGGCGCGUCAUUCACUUAUAUGUAAAAAGAAUCACAAUACCAUGAAAAAAUGAGUGUGCAUAAAAAACGAGCAAGGCGUUUUCAUAUCACUAUGAUUACAUAAAGUUAUCAUCACACCCUGUUAUUUUUUGAUUUGGUCGAAAACAACUGUAUCAUGACUAUGUAUAACUGUAAACUACAUAAGCAACCCUUUACAAAUUGUGAUUUGAAGCGUAUGAGAUAGAAUAGGCUCUGCCUUUUUUCCGACCUAGUUGACCAAACGCCGUAUAUAGUCAACAGUUACGAAAAGCAAGAUUAAGGAUUAUAACGUCACUGUGUACAUUACUACAUUGAUCAGAAAAUUUUAAACUAUUACCGACUCGCCUCGAACGCCACUUCUGGAAUUUCCUCGAAAACUCAAAUCCCUGUGUUAAAAACUUAUCAUUUUCCCCACAUCUGUUUUUUCCUUCUUUAAAGAGAGAUAAUGAUAAUAAUAAUUCUUGAUUAAUUUCUCCACCGAGUUGAGUUUCCGGAGGUCAGAGUGGCGCUCUUAUGCGAGUCGAAAAACUUAUUAAUGAGGAACCUGUGUUUUUGCCAUACGUCCUGUUCUCUUUGAAAUCGAGUCGAUGUGUGUGUUACUAACCUUUGUUUUGAGGUAAAAACACAAUACCGGUGAGCGCCGCUCGCUCGGGGAUGAAAACCAUAUCCCCCGCACGCAGCGCCCGCACCCUCUCAUGUAUGGAAGGUACUGCUAGUAAUAAAAUUGUUGAUGAUGUGUUGUUUUAUCACACUAUUGAGCAGCAAGAAGAACAAAACUUGUAUCUGUGUGCGUAUGUAAAUAAUCAUUAGACACAUAUUGUUGGCAAGGAGUAUUUAAAGAAAAUAAUAGCGCGAAAAAAUAAGAGAUAUAAAUAUAACACUCUCAGUAUAAAAGGAAAAUAACAACAACAACAACCAUCACUACUUUUCUCUAUAAAAAGAAAAACAUUUUUUGCGAUAUCAAAGGAUUAUGAAUCGUUCUGUAGCUGGUCACACCCAGUACCAAGACAGGUUAAAUAAUAAAUAAAAAAUCUAUAUAUAUAUUAUACAAAUAUAUAUAAAGGUAAAUACGAAUUAUAUAUAUGAAUAUAACGUCUUCACACUGUCGGUUUAUUGUAUGGCAAAGCUGCGUAAUUACCAUAAUGGAGUACGAAUAUAUGAUUGUUAUCAUUAUUUCCUAUACUCCUCAUGAGUAGAACAAUGUUGUACCACUAGUUAAUCAAAAUAAUAAAAAUAAACGAAUAAAAUGUAGCAUUAAAUUGUUA